UCAUUUUUCGUUCAAAAUGGCGUCGCCAAGUGUCAGACAAUCAGCGAGUAGAUCUAGAAAUAAAAUUUCUGGGAAGAAAAAGCUACCAGAACCAACCCAUGUUGGCCAUUUCUUCUCAAUUUUGGUUAUGUCAUUGUGUAAGAGGGUCCUACAUAUAGACACAGCCGUAAAAAUAGGAGUUUACCUCUGUGGUGUGCUGAUCGGAUCAGUGUUUUCUGACGUUUUCGCUUUACCCAAGUCGUAUUUUUCAGACAAGAAGAAUAUAUUCAAUAGAAUGUUUACGUCUUUUGGAUUUGGAUGGACUUUGAUAUUGUUAGGAGCAUAUAUAUUUCUAACAAGCUUUGUGUACACGUGCGGGAAUUGGAAAGAUGUUGUACGCAAACACUUGAGUAGAUUGGUGAUUUCUACAUUUUGGUGGUAUAUAUUAACCAAAACCUUUACAUAUGUUGAUUCAGUUGUUGGAGUUUGCUCAUUCUCAGCUCAUAAAAGAAAGUAUGAUUGCUUAAAAGCAGGAAGGGCGUGGCUGGGAUUCGACAUAUCAGGACAUGUGUUUUUACUAAUUCACAUUCUUCUAACGGUAUCUGAAGAGGUUAAAAGUUUCAAAGGUUGGACAAAUCUAGAUUCACUGCUGAAAGAGGAAGAUUUAGCUUACAAGAAAAACUUAACAGAACAACAAGUUUCACAAGCAAGAAUCUCUUAUGAAAGCCUAACUCCUUACAUCAAGAUAGUAGUUCUACUGCUGACGUUUUGGACAAUAUUUUGUGAAUUCAUGUUAAUUAUUACAGUGGUAUACAGAUUUCAUACACUAACUCAGAAGGUGACUGCCGCAUUUGUUUCCGUCGGAUGCUGGUUUAUAACAUACCAACUAACUCUUGAGACCAAGUCUUCAUACCUUCCAUCAAAGCCAGGAGAGUGUGCUUUAAAUUACAUGAAAGUGAAGCAGAGUUGAUGAAAUGUAAUUUUAUAAUAGCUACAAAAAAAAUGUAGGAUAAUCAUUAUGUUUGAAGUUUCCCAGUGAUUCUUACCAGCUGUUGCAUAAAAUUAUCAAACACAAAAUUAAUCUAUACAAAAUACUUUUUAAACUGCUAGGCUAAUAUAUUUUUUAACCUUAAGCAUUAUAUUGUUUGCAUGUUUUUCAUUUCUGUUGUUGUU